UUGUUUUUCUUAUAAUUUUUUGAAUUUAUUCUGUUUAUUAAUUAUCAUCAUCAUCAUCAUAAUCAUCAAAAAAUGAGUUUUGACACAACAAAUAUUCAUCGUUUAGAAGGUACCAAAUCUAAUGAACCUGGAGGUCUAUAUAUCCCGAAUAAAAAAUCGUUGAAAAAUCCUGGAGCCGAAAAUUUAACAUAUCAAAAACCACAAACAUCAUUACUCGGUUUAGAUACAUUAGCGGCGAAAAAACGUGAAGAACGUGAACGAUCACGUGAAAGAGAUGAUGAUAAACAUAGUGAAAAAUUUCGCCAUUCAGCCUCACAUGAUCGUUAUUAUCGUUCGAAACGAAUCGAAACACCAACCGUAUCGGAUGGUGUGUCUGAUGAAUAUCGAGAACGUAAAAAAGCUCGAGAUGAACGACAUCGAGAUAAAUAUGAGAAUGAAUUUACAAGUAAACAUUUCAAACGUCCACAACAACAACCGAAUAUUCCGUCAUCAAAAUCAUGGAAAUCAUUUGACCAUUCAUCACCACGACGUUUAACAACACCAUCUCGAUCUGCCUGGGAUGAAGAUGAUGACAGUGGUUAUAAUGGUAGUAGUUCCCGACAGGAUUGGGAACGACCAUCAUCAUCAAGACGACAUUCAUCAUCAACAUCAAGAGUUCCAUCUACACCACGAUUUACACCAUCACAUUGGACUGAUCGACGAGAUCCAUCGCGAAGUAUACGUGGUGGUGGUGAUAAUGAAUCGAUGGAAAAAUCUUGGGAAGAAGAUGAAGAAGAAAUUCGACGUUUAGAUCGUGUCUGGUAUGAUGAUGAAUGUGAUCAAAAUCCAUUCGGGGAUAUGCCCGAUGAAUAUACAAAAGAGAAAGAAGAAUCCUUGAAAAAAUCUAAAGUCGUGCAACGAGUUUCGGCACAACAACGGCAGAUUAAUAAAGAUAAUGAAAAAUGGGAAACAAAUCGUUUAUUAUUAUCUGGUGUUGUAACAAAAAUCAACGAUAAUAAUAAUGAUGAUGAAAAUAUUGAAGGUCGUGUUCAUCUUAUGGUACAUAAUAUUGUUCCACCAUUUUUAGAUGGUCGAAUUGUUUUUACUAAACAACCGGAACCAGUUGUACCGGUUAAAGAUCCAACAUCGGAUUUUGCUAUUCUUGCACGAAAAGGUUCGGCAUUGGUUCGUUAUCAUCGUGAAAUGAAGGAAAGAAAAAAAGCACAGAAAAAAGAAUGGGAAUUAUCCGGUACACGUCUUGGUGAUAUAAUGGGUGUUGAAAAACCGAAAGAUGAAAUGGAUGAUAAUGCAAAAUGUGGUGGUGAUUAUAAAACCGAACAUCGAUUUAAAGAUCAUAUCGACGAUGAAGAUCGGAUGGAUCGCACGAAAAUUAUGAAACAACGACAAUUUUUACCAGCAUUCGCUGUCCGUAAUGAAUUAUUACAGGUGAUACGUGAUAAUAAUAUUGUUAUUAUUGUUGGCGAAACUGGUUCCGGUAAAACUACACAAUUAACACAAUAUUUACAUGAAGAAGGAUAUACCAAAUAUGGUGUGAUUGGUUGUACACAACCAAGACGUGUAGCAGCUAUGUCGGUUGCAAAACGUGUUGCUGAUGAAGUGGGAGUAAAAUUGGGUGAAGAAGUUGGCUAUGCUAUACGAUUUGAAGAUUGUACAUCGAAUAAAACAAUUAUUAAAUAUAUGACCGAUGGUAUACUAUUGAGAGAAUCAUUAUCCGAACCAGAUCUGGAUAAUUAUGCUGCCGUUAUUAUGGAUGAAGCUCAUGAAAGAAGUUUAGAUACGGAUGUAUUGUUUGGCAUUCUACGACAAGUAGCCGCACGUCGUAAUGAUAUUAAAUUGAUCAUUACUUCGGCCACUAUGGAUGCAACAAAAUUUGCCAUGUUUUUUGGUAAUGUUCCAGUAUUCACUAUUCCGGGUCGUACCUAUCCAGUAGAAUUAUAUUUCUCUAAAAGUCCUGUUGAAGAUUAUGUUGAUGCAGCCGUUAAACAAACGAUUCAAAUUCAUCUUGGUGGUCUUGAAGGUGAUAUUCUUGUAUUUAUGCCCGGACAAGAAGAUAUUGAAGUUACGUGUGAAGUAAUAAAAGAACGUUUAAAAACAUUAUCAGAAACAUCGACGACUGAAAUACCGGAAUUAGCAAUUCUACCGAUUUAUUCACAAUUACCUUCAGAUUUACAGGCGAAAAUUUUUCGUAAAGCCGAUCAAGGUAUACGUAAAGUUGUUGUAGCAACAAAUAUUGCCGAAACAUCAUUAACCGUUGAUGGUAUUAUGUUUGUUGUCGAUAGUGGUUAUUGUAAAUUAAAAGUAUAUAAUCCAAGAAUCGGUAUGGAUGCAUUACAAAUAUAUCCCGUAUCACAAGCGAAUGCCAAUCAACGUAGUGGUCGUGCUGGUCGUACUGGACCUGGGUGUUGUUAUCGUUUAUAUACUGAACGACAAUAUAAACAUGAAAUGCUUACAAAUACUGUACCGGAAAUUCAACGAACAAAUCUAGCCAAUGUUGUUCUAUUACUGAAAUCAUUAGGUGUACAAGAUUUGUUACAAUUUCAUUUUAUGGAUCCACCACCGCAGGAUAAUAUGAUGAAUUCAAUGUAUCAGCUAUGGAUACUUGGUGCAUUGGAUAAUGUUGGACAAUUAACACCACUUGGAAGAAAUAUGGUUGAAUUUCCUUUGGAUCCGGCAAUGUCAAAAAUGUUAUUAGUUUCUACCGAAAUGCACUGUUCAGCUGAAGUAUUGAUUAUUGUAUCAAUGUUAUCGGUUCCAUCGAUUUUUUAUCGCCCAAAAGGUCGUGAAGAAGAAAGUGAUUUAGUUAGAGAAAAAUUUCAAGUACCUGAAUCUGAUCAUUUAACUCUAUUGAAUUCCUAUCUACAAUGGCGUAUGCAUAAAUAUUCGAGCCAUUGGUGUCAACAACAUUUUAUCCAUCCGAAAGCGAUGCGUAAAGUUCGUGAAGUACGACAACAAUUAAAAGAGAUAAUGGAAUCACAUAAAUUGCCAAUCAUUUCCUGUGGAAAUGAAUGGGAUUGUAUACGAAAAUGUAUUUGUUCCGCUUAUUUUCAUCAGGCUGCUCGUCUAAAAGGUAUUGGUGAAUAUGUAAAUAUGCGUACAGGUAUGCCAUGUCAUCUACAUCCAACAUCAGCAUUAUAUGGUAUGGGUUUUACACCCGAUUAUGUUAUCUAUCAUGAAUUGAUUAUGACAACAAAAGAAUAUAUGCAAUGUGUAACAGCUGUUGAAGGACAGUGGCUUGCCGAAUUAGGACCAAUGUUUUAUUCGGUAAAAGAAUCCUCGAAAUCACGUUUGGAACGUAAACAACAGCAACGUGAUCAUGAAAAAGAAAUGGAACAAGAGAUGGCCAUAGCUGAAGAAAUGUUACGGCGUAAUAAAGAAGAAAUGGAUAGCCGUUCUUAUCUGUCAUUGUCACGAUCAACAAUGAUUGUAACACCGGGUUUAAAACGACCAAUGACACCAGCUGCCACCGAUUCUGGUACUGUUUGUAAUCAAACACCAAAACGUUCGACACCAGGUCAAAGAUUUGGUUUAUAAAAAAAAAAUUUAUUGAUUUUUUUUUGUAAUAGAGCAUCUUAAAAUUCAAUUUUUG